AGAAGUUAAUGGAUAGCAUCCCACUGGUCACGAAUAGCUGAUGUGUUAUCUGUUUCUACUGAAGAGACUAAACACUUCUCCAGCCAACGGCCAACAUAAACCGAAAUUAGAGCAGGCAGCCAUGGCUACCUCGGCCACAACUGCAGCAACUCUAUACAUAUCCCGGCGAGACUUUAAAGUUCCAAAAACUACGACUCCAUUCUCGUCUUCCAAGGGUUUUGCAGCAAAAUCCAGCCCAAUGAUUUGUAUCAGGAACUGCAGUGCUGAUGAAUCGGUUGAGGCUUCUACGGCGACGGAAACAGAGUCUGAGGAGACUACGGUUGACGUUCCAAAGGGACCCCCGUCUUUGAUUUCAUCUCUUAAUGUCCAAAAGGCUCUUCGUGGCAUUGCCAUCACAGAUGCAGAUCACUACGGCAGACUUGGUCUCCAAAUGGGGUGUUCAUAUGAUCAGGUUAGAGAUGGUUACAAGAACAAGUGUGAAGAACUGAUGGGUCAAGGAUUAGAAGAAGAGGAACUGGGCAAGAAGCUUGAUCUCUUAAAAGAGUCGUACUUAAUUUUGUCAUCUGUAGAAGAAAGAAGGCUGUAUGAUUGGAGCUUGGCGAGGAAUGAGAAGCCAGAUCGAUAUGUAUGGCCUUUCGAGGUUGACAUUACACAAACUCCAACAGAGUCUCCUCCACCACAGGAACCAGAGGACGUGGGGCCAACAAGAUUGGUGGGAUACUUCAUGUUGGGAUGGUUGAUACUAAGCUUCACAUUAACAAUUGCCCUCAACCGAUAGGGAUGUAUCUUAAUCCCAAUUAUUUCUUGUUUCUUUCAUUUAUUCCAAUGUAAGGCUAUUUAGUAGUUCAAUUAUGUCCAAGACAAAAUUAGUAAUUUACUCUCAUUAUUUUUUAAUACCUCGAAGAAAUUAUUAUCUCAUAGA